AUGAAAGAAAGAAGGAAUAAACUAUGCUUUAGAGGAUUUGCAUUUGUAAGGUUUGCAGACAAGGAAGUUGAAAAGAAGGUUUCUAUGCAAAGGCAUAUGAUUGGAGGACGUUGGUGUGAUAUUAAGGUUCCUAAAAGUAAGGAGGAAAAGACUUUAAGUGCUGAUGAAGGAAAAGCUCUCUGCAAGAUAUUUGUUGGUAAUGUGACAGAAGAUAUGUCAGUUGAAGAUUUAAAGGAACAUUUUGAAGGAUUUGGUUGUGUAAAGGAUGUUUAUAUUCCUAAACCAUUCAGACAGUUUGCUUUCAUUCAGUUUACAGACAGCAAGGUGGCGAAAAGUUUGCGCGGCAAGGAGCAUAGAAUCAAGGGAGUUACUGUGAGAAUAGGGCAGGCUGUUCCUAAAUCUUCUGGUGGGUCGCAGCAAGGACAGCCUGGGGCUGGAUUUGACGGUGGUUUUAGUGGCGGUUUUUCUGGAGGCCCUGGCUAUGGAGGCGGGGGAUUUGGCGAAUUUUCUGGCGGAAAUAACUCCGGAUUUGGCGGAUUUGCCUCAGGGGGCGGAGGAGGAUUUGGAGGAGGCUUUGGUGGAGGACCAGGUGGCUUUGGAGGACCUGGACCCUCUUUUAAUAUGGCAGAUUUGGCCAGAUGGGCACUAGAACGAGGGUAUGGAGGUGGGACUGGUGGACCCUCUCAAUGGGGUCCUAGGGGAGGUCAAGCAGGAGGCUUUGGAGGAGGUCAUAGAGAUGGUAAUAGAGGACGGAAAUCGAGCGAGAGAAGAUACUAGAGUUUUGUACAUGUGUACACUGUGUACUCUGUACAUUGAGAUGAUAAAAGUGUACAUGUGCGUACAUGUGUGCAUAUUCUGUACACUGUACUCAUUAGGUAUGAGAACAUUGUGAUAUGGAUAACAUGUCCCAUGUUUACCAAAGUACGUAAAAAUUGUUCAUUUUACGUAGAAUUGGUUAAAAAUAGUGCUGUAUAUUUUCAAGACACAUGUUUGUGUUCACUUGACUGUGUUGAUGUGCAGAUGUGUAUAAAUGUGCUUACUUUGAGUUUAGCAUGUUGAUCAUAUGAUUUUGUGCAUUUUUGUCAAUGUGAAGAAAUCUCAAUAAAUGAUAGAAAAAAUAAAAAUGUACUUAUUUGUGUUAA